UUUCCACAGUUGUUCUGAGGUGGAAAAUGUUCUAGUUUUGAGACUUGAGAUUACCCAGAAAAACACAGAGCAAUCUCUGUCUUUCGAAACAUGGGUGUAACGAGUCCACUCAAAGUCUCAACUCGCUCUCGUUCGUUCAGCACUAAGUUCUUGCCUUAUGUUCUUUAUGCUCUCUUCUCAAUAGCUCUCUUUCGCUUCUACUUUCAUCCUUCCCCUUUCCUUCAAUCCACCACAGAUCAGCUUCCUCACAGCAACCGCAUCAUUCUCACUUCUUCUUCUCCUCCUUCGCCUCCCUCGUUAUCUUUAUCCAGAGAAGAGGAAAUUGCUAAUAAAACUUCAUGUAACUACACCAAUGGAAGAUGGGUCCAUGACAAGAGGGGGCCUUUAUACAAUGGCACAACCUGUGGUACCAUCAAAGACGGUCAAAAUUGCAUCUCACAUGGGAGACCAGAUUUGGGUUACCUUUACUGGCGAUGGCAACUGAACCAAUGCCAACUCCCUAGGUUUGAUCCCAACACUUUCUUCAACCUUCUUAGCAACAAGCAUAUAGCUUUUGUUGGGGACUCAAUGGCUAGGAACCAAUUGGAAUCACUCCUAUGCAUGCUGGCUACCGCCUCGAAUCCGAACCUGGUUUACACAAACGGGGAGGAUAACAGGUUUCGUACAUGGCAUUUCGAUUCUCAUAACGUUACCGUAUCGGUUUAUUGGUCGCCAUUUCUUGUUAGAGGUGUUGAGAAAUCGAAAGGUGGUCCGGAUCACAAUGAAUUGUAUGUUGAUGUUGUUGAUGAGAGGUGGGGAUCUGAUUUGGACCAUUUAGAUAUGGUUGUACUCUCAAUAGGGCAUUGGUUUCUUCAUCCGGCUGUAUAUUAUGAGGGUGGUUCUGUUUUAGGUUGCCAUUACUGCCCUGGACUAAACCACACCGAGAUAGGCUUCUAUGGUGUGAUGAGGAAGGCGAUAAAGAUCGCUCUCGAGUCGAUAAUCGAGAGGAAAAAGGGUAGUCGUAAUGGAAUUGAUGCGUUUUUAACCAGUUUUUCUCCUUCACAUUUUGAAGGCGAAUGGGAUAAGGCGGGUGCUUGUCCCAAGACAGAGCCUUCCAAAGGAGAGAAGAUGGUUGAAGGAAUGGAUGCGGAUAUGAGAUUGAUCGCGGUCGAAGAAAUCGAAGCUGCCAAUGUGAAGGUAAAGCAAUUUGGAGGGAUGAGACUUGAGAUAUUGGAUGUGACCAAAUUGUCAUUAAUGAGACCAGAUGGUCAUCCGGGGCCUUACAUGUAUCCGUUUCCGUUUGCCAACGGAGUUGAAGAACAUGUUCAAAACGACUGUGUACAUUGGUGUCUUCCGGGUCCUAUCGAUACAUGGAAUCAGAUAAUGUUGCAAGUUAUCAGGAGAUGGAGGAGAGGAGAGUGAGAGGCGAGGCGAGGCGAACACGAUACAAAAUUCAGGGUUUCGAUUUCAUUUUUUGCUCUUCUGCUGUAUUUUGGUUGGUGUAUAUUUUUCUUUCUCAAAAACAAACGGAUAAAAAUGAGAUAAUUUUGUUCUUUGGGGGUGAUAAAGAUGGGAAUUCUUUUGGAACAUACGUUGAUUUUUGUUAUCAGCUCAGUAUAAAUGAGAGCAAUGUGAAAAUGUGAGGAGGAAUUUUUAAAGAUCAUUUGGAAUUUUCUGUUUGUUUCUUGGGAAACAAGGUUAUCAUCUUGGCCAAUGCCCCUGAAAU